GUCACAAAACCGCUCAGUUCCCCUGAUCUAUACAACCUGUGAACCAUUCGCGGCCCGUCAAACGGAGACACCGUCUCAUCGUGCGCAGCGGAACAUCAGCGAUUCGCUAGCAGCAUCGUAGGCCCGCGAUAUCCCCUGUUUUGCUCGCAGGUCUAGUCCAACACGGGAAUAGCACGCCCUGUGGCGACAAGGCACGUGCAUGCCGCCCCCUGGGGAAAAUCUUCAAUUCCCGUCUUGAUCUUGAUCAGGAAGUUUGUAUCUUUUCAGCUUCAGCUUCGGCUUCAUCUCGAACAUGGCAUACCAACGCGAGUUCGAGAUGCAAGCUCUACCGCCAUCACCGAAGUCACGAAUCCCUAUUCUCACUGAGUCGAAAGACUGCGACUCUCCCUCAGCAUGGAGUCGUCUCGUCACAAGCUUCUCACGCGCCCCAGCGCGACAUUCGGAAAAUGAUAGCCUCAGCAGCUACAACAGCUAUGCCUUUAACGGCCGGCUCUUCAACAUGAGCAAAGCAAACUACAACUCCGCCAACACAGCUCUAGCACGGGAACUUAAAAACCGACACUUGCAAAUGAUUGCGUUUGGGGGAUCUAUCGGAACAGGUCUUUUUGUCGCGUCGGGUGUUGCGCUGUAUCGCGGUGGACCUGUUUCGCUACUGUUGGCGUUUAUUGUUAUGGGUGCUAUGCAGUUUUUUACGAUGCAGGCGCUGGGAGAACUGAGUGUUGCGUUUCCGGUGGGAGGGUCGUUUGCGAAUUAUUCGACGAGGUUUUUGGAUCCGAGUUGGGGAUUUGCUAUGGGUUGGAAUUAUACGCUGCAGUAUCUUAUUGUGCUGCCGCUGGAGAUCAUUGCAGGCGCGUUUACGACCAAUUAUUGGAAUCCCAACGCGAGCAAGAGUAUCUUCAUCGUCCUCUUCUUCAUUGUCAUCCUCGGAAUCAAUUUACUCGGAGUAAAAGGUUAUGGCGAAGCUGAGUUCAUCUUCUCAGCCGUCAAGAUCACAGCCAUCGUGGGCUUCAUUCUUCUCGGUAUAAUCAUCAACAUCGCAGGAUCUCCAGAAGGCGACUACAUCGGUUUCACACGCUGGCACAACCCCGGCGCUUUUCACAAUGGCUUCAAAGGCUUCGCAAGUGUUUUAGUAACAGCAACGUUCUCCUUCGCCGGAACAGAAAUGGUCGGUCUCGCAGCAGCCGAAACGAGUAAUCCGAAAAAGUCCCUCCCCGCAGCAGUGAAACAAGUCUUUUGGAGAAUUUCUCUCUUUUACAUCCUCUCGAUUCUACUCAUCGGUUUGCUGGUGCCGUAUGAUGAACCGAGAUUACUGGGGGCGAAGUAUGGUUCUGAUGCUGCCGCUAGCCCGUUCGUUAUAGCGAUUGAGAUGAGCGGCUCGGAUGUUUUGCCCGACAUUAUGAAUGCUGUUAUUCUUAUAUCGUUGAUCAGUGUUGGGAAUACAGCUGUGUAUGCAUCGUCACGAACGCUGGCGGCGUUGGCGGAACAGUCACUUGCGCCGAAGAUGUUUGCGUACAUUGAUCGAACUGGACGUCCUCUCGUUGCGAUUGUUUGCUGCGGUUUGCUAGGUCUACUAGCAUUCACCGCUAACUCGAAAAUUCACAACGAAAUCUUCAACUGGCUCCUUGCGAUCAGUGGGCUAACAAUGGCCGACCACACAUUCUGGCAAUAUCUCCGCCUCAAAGCAAUCGUCACAAUAAUCCGUCUCAUAAACUACAUCUUCACGCGUCCUCACUUCACACCCUCCCCAACAUGCAUCCGCAAAUUCAUCCGCAUUCCAUCCCGCGAUCUUAACCGCUUCAUCAACGCAUGGAUCUACUACCCAAACAACUACACCAAUACUCGAAAAUACGGUCUUGUGAUCAAUUGGCACGGCGGCGCUUACACCCUCCCAAAUCUCGGCAUGGACCAUGAAUUCUGCGAGAAAAUGGCCACCGAGAACAAUGUCCUUGUUCUGGAUGCUGAUUACCGCAAAGCACCUGAAUAUCCUCUUCCUGGGGCCGUUGAAGACGCUGAAGAUACUCUAAGAUGGGUUGAGAGUCAGGGAGGAAUGUUCGAUCUUGACAGAGUUGCGUUGUCCGGGUUUAGUUCUGGAGGAAACCUGGCGCUUGUCGCAUCAUCUGAACUGAGGCGUGAGUUCAAGAUGAACAUUAGAGCGGUGUAUGCUUUUUAUCCUGGUGUUGACUUCACUAUCCCACCGGAGAAGAAGACGGUUCCGGAACCCAUUCGUCCCAUCCCAGUAUCUUUUCAGCAUCUUCUCACUGAAGCGUAUGUUCCGAGGGUUGAAGAUCGCAAGUCACCCAAGGCAUCGCCCAUGUACGCCAAAGCAAAGUCUUUUCCGGAGCAUCUUAUGCUUGUUGCUUGCUCUGGGGAUAUAUUUACACCUGAGAUCGAAGUGUUUGCGGAGAAAUUGGAGCGUGCUGGUCGUGAUGUUGAGGUUGUCGGGAUCGAGGGGGCUCAUGGAUGCGAUAAGACUACGAACCCGAGACUGUUCAGAGCUGGGGCGAGAGAUUUGGCGUAUUCUAAAGUGGUGCAGAGUUUACAGGAUAUUAUGCAAAAUAUCCUCUAGAGUGGUGAAGGGCUGAGGUACACGACAAUUUACUUUGAGAACACAAGAGAUGGCGGCAAAGAUCUGUUGUAAUCGUUAUGAUCGAUAGCACUACACUCUAUAAUUAUAAAUCUAUGAACACAGCGAAAUUUCUUGACCUGAGGACGGUCAGUCCUGGACUAGUAGAUGGGCAACCCCAUCAUCACAGCGUUGAGGGGGCUCUUGGUAUUAUCGUGGCUAAACUUGGGCGUCAAGGCGGCAUGCGG